GGGCACCUUUUUACUUGAGUGAAGCACGCGCUGAUGUUAAAACUCUGGAAGAGCUCGUAGAUUUCUUGUUUUUGUCGCGUUCUCUCUGAUUUUUUUUUUUUUUUUUUUCAAAAGUCACAAUAUUUUCCCCGGAAAAGGUCAGCUGACCUCCAGUUAAACCCUCACUGAAGCUGAGAACAUGGCCUCCGCGGAGCUCGCACUUCUGAGUGUCUCAGACAAGACUGGACUGGUGGAUGUUGCCAAAAGGCUGGUGGGUGUGGGUCUGUCUCUGGUGGCUUCAGGAGGGACAGCCAAGGCUCUGCGUGAUGCUGGACUGGCAGUCAGGGAUGUGUCUGAGCUGACUGGACAUCCAGAGAUGUUGGGGGGCAGAGUGAAGACCCUGCAUCCUGCUGUCCACGGAGGCAUCCUGGCCAGAAAGACCCCCUCUGACACAGCAGACAUGGAGAAACUGGGCUACAGCCUGGUCCGUGUGGUUGUGUGCAACUUGUACCCAUUUGUAAAGACCAUCUCCAACCCAGGAGUUACGGUGGAGGACGCUGUGGAGCAGAUCGAUAUCGGUGGUGUGACUCUGCUGAGAGCUGCAGCAAAGAACCACGCUCGGGUCACGAUCGUCUGCGAUCCGGAUGAUUAUUCACGGGUCGCCGAGGAGAUGGAGACCUCAGGAGACAAAGACACGACCCUGGAGACACGACGGACUUUGGCUCUAAAAGCCUUCACACACACGGCGCAGUACGACGAGGCCAUAUCAGAUUUUUUCCGUGGACAGUACAGCCGUGGAGUUUCCCAGCUGCCCCUCCGUUACGGCAUGAACCCCCACCAGGCCCCUGCCCAGAUCUACACCCUGCGCCCCGAGCUUCCUCUGAAAGUGGUGAACGGCGCUCCCGGCUUCAUCAACCUGUGCGACGCGCUGAACGCCUGGCAGCUGGUCAGGGAGCUCAGAGGCGCCCUCGGCAUGGCGGCCGCCGCGUCCUUCAAACACGUCAGCCCUGCAGGAGCUGCAGUUGGAGUUCCUCUGACCGAGGAGGAAGCCAAAGUCUGCAUGGUGCUCGACCUGCUGGAGGACCUCACCCCGCUCGCCACGGCUUACGCACGAGCAAGAGGUUCGGACAGAAUGUCAUCUUUCGGGGAUUUCAUCGCUCUGUCGGACGUGUGCGACGUCCCUACGGCCAGGAUCAUAUCCAGGGAGGUGUCAGACGGGAUCAUCGCUCCUGGUUACGAGGAGGCGGCGCUCAAAAUCCUUUCCAAAAAGAAAAACGGGAACUACUGCGUGCUGCAGAUGGAUCCAAGUUACGAGCCCGACGAUUCAGAGGUGAGGGUUCUGUUUGGUCUCCACCUCAAACAGAAGAGGAACGGAGCUCUCAUCAACAAGGAGUUCUUUAAGAACGUGGUGUCCACAGGCUCGCUGUCGGAGGAAGCCGUGCGUGACCUCAUGGUGGCCACCAUCGCUGUGAAGUUCACCCAGUCCAACUCUGUCUGCUACGCCAAAGACGGGCAGGUCAUCGGUAUCGGGGCGGGCCAGCAGUCCCGUAUCCACUGCACGCGACUGGCUGGAGACAAGGCCGACAACUGGUGGCUCAGGCACCACCCCCGGGUCCUGAACAUGAAGUUUCGCAGCGGCGUGAAGCGAGCCGAGAUGGCCAACGCCAUCGAUCAGUACGUCAGCGGCACCGUGGGGGAGGGGGCGGACCUGGACGUGUGGAAGUCGAUGUUCGAGGAAGUUCCGGCGCCGCUGUCCGACUCUGAGAAGAAGAACUGGAUCGGUUCCCUGCGGUCCGUCGCCGUCAGCUCCGACGCCUUCUUCCCCUUCAGAGACAACAUCGACCGGGCCAAACGGAGCGGUGUUGGGUACAUCGCGGCUCCGGCCGGUUCUGCUGCAGACGAGGUGGUGAUCAAAGCCUGCAACGAGCUCGGCAUCGUUCUGGUCCACACCGGACUGAGACUCUUCCAUCACUGAAAAGAACCGGUUCUGACUCCACGGGUCCACACGCUCCGUUAACGAACCACUUCAGAACCAUUCCUGACCCGAGGGAGACGCGACGCUGCUGUGAACGUUAGUUUUAUUGUUCAGGUGAAAUAAACUGAUGAAGAGCUGC